CCCUGGGGCACCUGGCUGCCUCAGUUGGUUAAGCAUCCAACUCUUGCCAGUACCAAGCAAGAUACUUAUUUCACAAAGCUCAAGCAAACAGGAUUUCAAAAUAAAGGUGACACAAGCAGGGGAAAUGAAGAAGCUAUUUUCUUUCCCCAGAAUGAAUAUGCAACUAAUGGUUUGGAAAGGGAAACUUGCAUAAAAAUCUUGAUAGAUUAUGGAAAAACUUAGUUGUUUGUAUCCUUAAUAGAGUCAAAAGCAAAUUAAGUGUUACAACAGGCCCACAGUUUCCACCUUAAGUGCCAGAACACUCCCUAUGAAAUGAGUUUAAUAUUCUGGGAUUACUGUGAUAUUAAUAUAACUAUAGUCAUGAAAAUAAUAAUAUCAAAAUACAAGUAGGCAUUUAUUUUCUAAAUGUUAAGAAAAGGAAUCUGUGAUUGCCUGGUAUUUUUUUUACCCAAUUGCAGAAAAUAAAUGGGAGAUCUAAAAAGUAUUCUACCAUUAUAACAUUUAAUAAAUCAUCCAUUCCAAUUUUCUGGAAAUUACAGGGGAUAGAGGAACAGGGUAAAUGAUACCACAAGGAAAUAAUCAGACAAAUUCAGAAUGUAGGACAUCUUACAAGACAACAGGUCUGGAUACUUUAAAGAAUUCAGUAUCAUAAAAGGGAACUGUUCCAGAAUACAUAGAUUCAACACCUAAUACAAUCCUGAAACUUGGUUUAAAAAUGAAUUUUCUAAGACAUUAUUUAUAAUAAGUGGUUAAAAAGUUUGUAAAAGGAUCUCAGGAGUACAUAUGAGUCUUUAUCAAAACUGAAUAAAACUGAGGAAGAAUAAUGGAAAAAUAAUGAGAUUUAAUGGGGACUGGAUUUCAGAUAAUAUCAUGGAAUCAUUGUUAAUUUUGUUAAGUGUGCUGGUGGGAUCAUGAUUAUGUAGGAUAAUGUCCUUAGACUUAGGAGAUGUCUUCUGAAAUAUUUAGAGGUGAAGUGAAGGUAUUUGUAUGUAGAAUUAAAAUUUAAAAAUAUAUAGAUAGAACAAAUAUGGUAAAUAUGAUAAAAAAUAAGUUUCAAAUUUGGAUGGAGGGUAGAAGUAUGUUUAAUUCUUUUAACUUUUCUAUAUAUUAGAAACCUUUCUCAAUACAAAUAUUGAACUUUUUUAUCAGAAUGAGAGAAAGAGCACAAGUGGGGAAGAGGGGCAAAGUAAGAGAGAGAGAGAGAAACUUAAGCAGGCUCCACAUCCAGCAUGGAACCUGAUGUGGGUCUGGAUCUCACAACCCUAAGGUUAUGACCUGAACAUAAAUCAAGAGGCACUUAACCAACUGAGCCACUCAGGUUACCCCAAAUAUUUAAUUAAUAGACUUAAUUUUUUAGAGCAGUUUUGGGUUUUACAGAAAAUUGAGCAGAUAGUACAAAGAGUUCCCAUAUAACCACUUUCUCUCAUAGUUCCCUAGUAUUAACACCUUGCAUUAGUGUGGUACAUUUAUUAUAAUUAAUUAACCAAUAUUGAUCCAUUAUUACUAACUAGAGUCUGUAGUUUAUAUUAGAGUUUAUUCUUUGUGUUUUAUGGGUUUUGACAAACACAUACUGCUAUGUAUCUACCAUUACAGUAUCAUAGAGAAACUAUACCUCCCAGAUAUCCCGUGUUUUACCUCUUAAUUCACCCCCUCCUUCCAUCUGGCAACUACUAAUCUUAAUUUAUCUUUUGCCUUUUCCAGAAUGUCAUGUAGUUGCAAGUAAUUGAGUAUGUGCCUUUUCAGACUGGUUUCUUUCACUAAACAAUAUGCAUUUAAAUUUCCUCCAUGUCUUUUCUGGGUUGAAAACUCACUUCUUUCAUGAAAUAUUUUAAAUACAAAAAGAUAGAAAUUUUAAACACCUAACAGCAAAUUGCAACAUAUAUAUCUUAUUUGGUACCCGAUUUAACAAAGUAUCUCUAAGAAGAUAUUUUAAAAAGAUAAUUGGGGAAAAUUCAAUACUUGCUAUUUGCUAUUAUGAAAUUAUUACCAUUGCUAGAUGUGAUAACUGAUUUGAGGUUAUGUUAAAAAUGCCCUUAUCUGUUAGAAAAUAAAAUAAAAACGUUGAUACAUUCACAUGAAGAAAUUUUCCAACUAUUUGGAGAUUUUUGUGUGGCCCAAAUGUGUCAAAUUUUAGGGAAAUGUUAAGUGAGUGUGGUGCAAGAGAGAUACAGGAGUAAGAACAAUAUUUCACAUCCAUGAGAAAGUUAUUUGAAUACUGAGCUUUCCCUGAGUUUGUAUAGUUUUCUGUUUCUCUUGAGCACGAAGAUGGUAACCUAGCCACCACCCAGACGCACACAUGCCCAACCUCUAAAUAAAAACUGGAACCUGCCUACUCAAAGCCUUCUUUCAUCCUGGGACUGAAGUUACUCCCUUUCAGUUUCUCAAGUUGGUGUUUUCCAAUUUAAAAAAAAAUGCCCCUUCGAUCUGUGAGAAAACUGGAAUGGAAAUGCCAUGGUCACUAUGGGUGCAAUGAAAAAGUCUUUGGAAGUACAGAUAAAAGGUUGAGACACUACAUGAAAAUACUCCAUUUAGAUUGGCAUCCGUCUGAAAGGAGUAGGAUGUUAAUGUUUUGGAUAAAAUAAACACUCGGAAAGGACGCGGGGUGGCGCUGCAGCAUUAAAAGUAGAACGAAGAGAGAAAGCUGCCAGCCGGCGCUCCUUAACCCAGAUGCUGUGCUAAAGAAACAAGCAGGAAGAGGAGGCUUUCUAAGGUGUUUCCAACGGGAAAUCGGGGUCCUAGGCGUCUCCACUUAUGACCGUACCCGCAAGAUACUAGAUGAUAGAGUCCGCCACGACGCGAGCUGAGACUGGGUCAAGUUUGCUGGGAGACCAGAAAGCGAUGGAGGCCGGAGAGGGAAAAGAACGCUUUCUGAGACAAAGGCAAGUCUUUAUAUUCUUUGUUUUGCUGGGCAUAGCUCAGGCUGCUUCUGAGCCUAGGCACUACUCAGUGGCUGAGGAAACGGAGAGUGGCUCUUUUGUGGCCAAUUUGUUAAAAGACCUGGGGCUGGAGGUAAAUGAGCUAGCUGCACGGGGGGCUCGAGUCAUUUCCAAAGGGAAAAAAACGCGUUUGCAUUUUGAUAGGCAGACCGGGGAUUUGUUGUUAAAUGAGAAAUUGGACCGGGAGGAACUGUGCGGCCUUGCCGAGCCAUGCGUGCUACCUUUCCAGGUGUUACUGGAAAAUCCCUUGCAGUUUUUUCAGGCUGCGCUACGGAUUAGGGAUAUAAAUGAUCAUUCCCCGGUGUUCCUAGACAAAGAAAUAAUUUUGAAAAUUUCAGAAAGUGUCACUCCCGGAACUACUUUCCUGAUAGAACGUGCCCAGGAUUUAGAUGUAGGAAGUAACAGUCUCCAAAGUUACACAGUCAGCCCCAGUUCCCAUUUCCAUCUUAAAUUACAAGACAGUCCUGACGGCAUAUUACCACAGCUGGUAUUGGACAAAACUCUGGAUCGCGAGGAACAGGCUGAGAUCAGAUUAACUCUCACAGCACUGGAUGGCGGGACUCCACCCAGGACUGGCACUGCCUUGGUUCGCAUCGAAGUCUUAGACAUCAAUGAUAAUGCCCCCGAGUUUGCAAAGCAGUUUUAUAAGGUGCAGGUUCAGGAAAACAGCCCCAUUGGAUUUCCGGUUGUCAUAGUCUCUGCUAGCGAUUUGGAUAUUGGAACGUAUGGAGAAAUAUCUUACGUAUUUUCCCAAGCCUCUGAAGAUAUCCGCAAAACUUUUCAAAUAAAUGCAAAGUCAGGAGAACUCUUUUUAACACAGAAACUGGAUUUCGAAUCCACUCAGACUUACACAUUAAAUGUUCAGGCUACAGACGGUGGAGGACUUUCUGGGAGUUGCGUGGUGUUUGUUCAAGUGAUGGAUUUGAAUGACAACCCUCCGGAACUGACUAUGUCAACAUUUAUCGAUCACAUCCCAGAAAACUUGGAGGAGACCAUAAUUGCUGUAUUCAGGGUUUCAGAUCCUGACUCUGGAGACAAUGGAAGAAUUAUGUGCUCCAUCGAGAACAAUCUCCCCUUCGUCCUAAAACCAUCAGUAGAGAAUUUUUACACCCUACUGUCAAAAGGAGCACUAGACAGAGAGAGUCAGGCCGAGUACAACAUCACCAUCACCGUCACCGACCUGGGGACCCCCAGGCUGAAAACUCAGCACAACCUAACGGUGACGGUGUCCGACGUCAACGACAACGCCCCGACCUUCAGCCAGACGUCCUACACCCUGCGCGUCCGCGAGAACAACAGCCCCGCGCUGCACAUCGGCAGCGUGAGCGCCACCGACAGAGACUCGGGCGCCAACGCCCAGGUCACCUACUCGCUGCUGCCGCCCCACGACCCGCAGCUGCCGCUGGGCUCGCUGGUGUCCAUCAACGCGGACAACGGGCAGCUGUUCGCGCUCAGGUCGCUGGAUUUCGAGGCGCUGCAGGUGUUCGAGUUCCGCGUGGGCGCGGCCGACCGCGGCUCGCCGGCGCUCAGCAGCCAGGCGCUGGUGCGCGUGCUGGUGGCGGACGCCAACGACAACGCGCCCUUCGUGCUGUACCCGCUGCAGAACGGCUCGGCGCCCUGCACCGAGCUGGUGCCGCGGGCGGCCGAGGCGGGCUACCUGGUGGCCAAGGUGGUGGCGGUGGACGGCGACUCGGGCCAGAACGCCUGGCUGUCGUACCAGCUGCUCAAGGCCACGGAGCCCGGGCUGUUCGGCGUGUGGGCGCACAACGGCGAGGUGCGCACGGCGCGGCCGCUGAGCGAGCGCGACGCCGUCCAGCACAGGCUGCUGGUGCUGGUCCGGGACCACGGCGAGCCGCCGCUGUCGGCCAGCGUCACGCUGCACGUGCUGCUGGUGGACGGCUUCUCGCAGCCCUACCUGCCGCUGCCGGACGCGGCGGCGGCCGAGGCCCGCGCCGACCCGCUCACCGUCUACCUGGUGGUGGCCUUGGCGUCCGUGUCGUCGCUCUUCCUGUUCUCGGUGCUGGUGUUCGUGGCGGUGCGGCUGUGCAGGAGGAGCCGGGCGGCGUCGGGGGGCGGCUGCUCGGUGCCCGAGGGUCCGUUUCCGGGCCACCUGGUGGACGUCAGCGGCGCGGGGACCCUGUCCCACAGCUACCAGUAUGAGGUGUGUCUGACGGGAGGCUCAGGAACCAAUGAAUUCAAGUUCCUCAAGCCAAUUCUUCCCAGUUUCCUUGCUCUAGGUGAGGAGAGGAUUAGUGAAGCAAACCCCAGUUUCAGGGAUAAUUUUGAAUUCAAUUAAGUAUUAAAUAAUAAGGGUCUACUGAGCCUAGUCUCAGUUGAUUUGUGGGAAGUUCUUUUUUACUGCCUUGUCCAUUGGGGUUCUUUUUAUUUGGUAAGCAGCUAUCCUGUUCCAACUUAGUGCAUGUUACUGGUGUUUUUAAAUGUGUUCACUUGUGCUUUAAGGAAUGCAAAUUUCCUUUGUUUUCUUUUUGUUGAUUAGUCUCACUGUAACUUAAUUCAACUUAAAGUGUGAAGGUAAAUUUUUGUAUUUUCGGAAAUCUUUCAUUUUUAAGUUAGAGCACCUUUUUCCAAACUCACCUUCCGCAGUUCCUAGGUGAUUUUGCAGAACUUAAAAUUUUAAACAUUUUUAAAUGUUUGCAAUUGCUACAUAAGCUUAUUCUUUUUCCAACCCAGAAUAUUGUGUUUGUAUAUUCUUUUAGACUAGUAUAACUUUUAUUCUGUUAAUUCAUAUUGACUAAAACCAUUAAUAUAUGCAUAUUCAUUAACAACAAAGCAACCUAUCACACUUUUCUAAAUAUGUACUUCCUUAAAGUGUCCAUAAAUGAAGAUUAUGAUUCCUUAGAGAUUGUGAUAACCUUGGCUGCUGGAUUCUACAAACCAUUCACAUCAAAAGUGCUCGGUCAACCACUAAUAUUCUCAAAUUAGCUACAUAAAUAGCAUGUUCAGUUGUUUUCAAAGCCAUGCAAUUCUUAAUGCUAUCGAAGUUUUUUUCUUUAGGGCAUCUGGGUGGCUCAGUGGCUUAAAGCCUCUGCCUUCGGCUCAGGUCAUGAUCCCAGAGUCCUGGGAUCAAGCCCCACAUCUGGCUCUCCGCUGA